AUGUCUGGGAGAUCAUUGUUCGAAGUGUCCGGGCUCGACCGUCAGGGUCAUUUUGCCAGUCUGGACUCUCUAGUGGAAGCUCGACAGGCUACCACCGAAGUACCAGUGAACCCUGAGGAGUACAUCACCAGCAUGACUGACGACCAAGUGAGGGAGAAGGCUCGGUUAGCGGCCGUUGAGGAUCCGCUCAAGAAUGCCGAAUCUAAUACGGACAUAUUCCAGAACUCGGACAGUGACGAGAUGGAGUAUGAUGCUGAUCUUUUGGGUGGCCCCAAGCCCAAGGGUGGAUUAGCGAAAUUGACUUCGGGAAUAAAAAUUCCUGGUUUCGUCACCCAGCCAGAUAAAUACACCAAGUAUUCUCUAGACAAAGUCGACUCGUUGGGAAGGGCUGCUAACGAGCGGGUGGCUGUGGACUUCAUUUACAAACUACGUGGAGAAGAGCCGCCCGAUGGGGUCCUUCCUGCUACUUCAUCGGAUUCGUUCAUUCCACAGUAUCGGCGACCCUCGACUGGUGAGGACACCGCUAUGGAUAACUGCCGUGUGAUGCCGGAGUGGACGCCCUUCAACCAAGCUCAACGGCGGAGUCGAUCACGGUCAUCUAGUGAGAGCCGACAGCCGCGUCGAAGGUUGGCUGAGGGGGAGCAGGGCGAGCAGCAGUACUCAGUUGAGAGGAAGGGAGCUGUAGGGGCCUUGAAGAAGUCUGUAGGAGUCGAUGAUUACAUUCAGAUGAGCAUCACUACGGAGGAGGAAGAUGAGGAUGACGAUGAGUAUUCGGAUAUGCCCGGGCUGAUGGAGCUCGAUAUCGACUGA